AUGAUUCCUUGUAAUCUCAGUCUAGAAAAAGUUUGGUAUGAAUUCGAAGGUGGCUCAUGUUAUGAAUAUGCUCAUGGUGAAAUACCAACAAAACCAGCCAGAAACAAUGUUGUUAAAAAUAAAUCGAGUACUCAAGAAACAAAAGUUGAUAGCAAAAAACAUGAUGAAAAGGCUGGAGGUACUGAUGAUUCACCAAUAAAUCGAAAACAAUAUCGUGAAGAUUUAACAAAAUUAGAGACAUCAAUGACAGAAAUAAAAGUUGAUCUAAAUGAAGUACUUUCAAAACUGAAAAAAUUAACAUCCAAUAACGAUAAAGACAUAAAAACUGUUCUAACAGAAGUAUAG